GAAAGAGAAAGAGAAAGCAAAAGACGAAGUACAACAAAGAGACUAAAGAGAAGAUUGCAGAGAGAUAGAGAGAGAGAGAGAGAGCGUGAAAAUAAAGGGGAGAAAUGAGAUAGGCAAGGAGAAGAGAAUGGCGAAGCCGCGGGAGAGCGUACAUAUCCAAAUUGGAGAAUUGGGGUUGAUUAGAGAAAAUGGCAGGGUCAUCAAUUCUGCUCCGAGGACUAAUCAGAUAUCUCCAGCGCAGGUAGCGGAUGCAACUCCAGCGCCAACAAACCAAAACCCUCCAAAGCCGAGAACCAUAACAAGCACCAUCUUCAACCUCCUCUUCCUCCUCCACCUCCUCGGCCUCUCGAUCCUCAUCUCCUUCCUCUCCCUCCGCGGCUUCCUGUCUCGCACCCCCUCAUUCCAUCCCCUCCCCUUCUUCAUCCCUCUCCUCUCCUCCAUCUCCCUCUCCGCCUUCAUCGCCCUCAUUUAUCUCCUCUUCACUCUAGCUCACCCUUCAAAAUCAUUAACCACCUCUCUCUGGCUCUCCCCUCCCCUCACGUGCAUUGCAGCUGCCCUCCUCCUCAGCUACGGCGCCGGAGCUAGCUUUGCCGUCGGCGUUCCCGCGCUUGUUUUGGGUGUUGGGAUGGGGUUCUAUGCGUGCUGGAUUAGUCCGAGCGUUGAGUAUGCGAGGAGAAUCCUUUGUGGUUCGGUCCGUGAGGUGAAGUUUUGUGUUGAGGUCGGCAAGUUCGUUGCGGGUGCGGUUUUGGUUGGGGUCGGGUAUUGUUGGUUCUGGGCUUUGGGGGUUGGGGCUCUUGCUGCCGCUGGUGACAAGCGUUUUGAUGCGGUUUAUUUGCUGCUGCUUCUGCUAAGCCUGGCUUGGACAAUGCAGGUAAUCAGAAAUCUCGUGCACGUAGCAAUAUCUCGCAUAGCAUACACCCAUCUAACUCAACACCCUCGAAUCUCCGCACGCGACGCGUUCCACGGCGCCUACAAACGCUCGCUCGGCGACGUCUGCAUCGCAUCAGCCCUACUCCCGGUCGUCACCUCAAUCCGAGCCAUGGCUCGUGCGAUCGACCACCUCGCCGGCGACACCGACGAGUUCAUGUUCUCAUGCACCAGCUGCUACCUCACCAUCGCGGAUCAUCUAACAUCGAGCUCGAACCGAUACGGGUUCGUGCACGUCGGGGCCCACGGUAAGGGCUUCGCCGAAUCGUCGGCUGACGCUAGGCGGAUGUUCGUGCGACGAGGAAUGUCUCGGUUGAUCGAUUCCGACACUACCGAUGCAUUUUGCUUCUCUGUUGGUGUUGCUGAUGUCGUCCUCCUCAAGCUUGAAUAUCUUCCCGAGCACCAUUUCCGCCCCUUCGAGUGCCGCAACCACCACCUCCUCCUCCUUUGUCGCCGUCUUAUGCUCAGAAGACGGGUAGUAUUCUUCUUCCUCGGGAAAAAGAGUCUUGAAGGCAAAGUGGUCGAAGAGGAAGUAGCCCGGACGUACCCAACAUUGAGAAAAUUUUAG